UAUUUCAGAUAUUAAUAACAUUUUCAUAAAAUACUGACUAUCAGGUAAAGCAAGUACAUCACAGCACUCGGAGUGAUUUGCUGACCAAAAAUGAAUGCCGAAAAUGCAAAUGCUGUCUUUCAACCUGCAGAAAAGGUGCUUAUUGUGUUUGAUGACUACAACGAAAAUGACAAAAUGAAGGCGAUAAGACCAAUGCAUGAAGGGGAAAUAAUUGAACUACAGGAACUGCACCCCGAAGCGGUCUACGGAUCGACACACACCUACAGUGCCGUCGUCAUCGAGUUCGCUGUCUAUGUGAUACAAUGGCGCAGAAGACUUUUUCGAAUCCAACCAUUUGAUGAAAAUCCUACAUGGUUGUAUUUACAAGGACCAAAUAAGUUUCAUGGAGCUGAACCACCAGCAGUGACUUUGGAUGGUUGUAUAUUUGUAUGUGGUGGAGGAUUUCAAGAAGUUGAAGUUUACAGACAAACGGAUGAAACACUUCCCAAAAUGACAAAAGCCUGUGAAAAAUAUAAUCCGGUUGUGGGGCAAUGAGAAAUGUUCAAAGAUAUGCAUUAUGAAAAAAGACUAAACGCAAUGGUCGAAGCCAGUGGCUACAUAUACAGCAUCGGUGGGAUUGGGCGGGAAAACAAAUUUGAAGAUACGAAGGUGAAUAUUAAACAAGAAAAUACUGUACCAGAUGACCCACGCGAGGUUGCUUUAUCUCUAGUGGAAAAAUACGACAAGGAAUCGGACGAAUGGAGCAUUAUGCCUCCAAUGAGAAAGUCAAGAAUUGCUCCUGCAGUUGCGAGUUAUAAUGGGAGAAUAUACGUGCUGGGUGGUGGUGGUGUGGAUGGAGAAAGUCUCCGGCUACCCGUCAAUCACGGUGAUAGGCUAUUUCGUCGUUCUGUGGAGUUUUUUGACAUAUACACCAAUGAAUGGGUACUGGCAAAAAAAGGAAUGGCAUCACCAAGAAUCAAAUUUCGGGCGUGUGUGUUUGAUGACAAAAUAUAUGCCGUGGGAGGGAAUAAAGACAGUAACAACAACGUGGAGCAAGCUAAUAUACAAGACAUCCGUGGAGAAGGAGACGUAGUGGGCCAGGGUGCUGAGGUGUGGAACGUUGCGGAAUGGAUUGGAGAAAUGAGUGAAUGGAAUUACAUGGCUACGCUGCUAAUGAAUGUACCAACUGAACAGAUGCAAGUAGACUGAGACAUAGCUGCAAACUUAUUGUGGAGAAAAAAACAAUGAUAUUAAUUAGUCAAGAAACAUUUAAAUUGUAUUGCUUUAUUUUACUAUUUUAUUCAAUAGAAUCGACUGCACUAUUGUUAGGUUACUGCUAAAUGUGAUUGUUUAAAUGUUUAAUAUUACCGUGCAUUAUGUUAGUUGUAUUAUAUUGAUGUCUUUAGAAAGAAACAAUUAUGUAAUAUCUUUAUGCAGGGUGUCUUAAAAGAAAUGAAACCCACAAAAUUGCAAAAAUACAUUGAAAUAAACCUUAACAUCUAGCUAAAGGCCUCAAAUGUCAGUACUCAAUUGUUAUUAUAUGAGAUCACAGAAAAUGAUAAUAUUUUUAACGUAUUUUAUUUUAGUAAUAAAUGAGUUUCAUUUAUUUUGGGACACCUUGUAUAUAGUAUACAUAGUGUAUAGUGUCUUAAUUAUGAAUAUAUACACAUAAUAAAAAUAAAUGUAGUUUAAAUGCAAGCACUGUUAUCAUUAUGUUUUUGGAAUUGAUCUUUCUCCAUAAAUUUCGAAUUCCAGAAUCUAGAACAAUACACUGUUUGUGUGGUCCUGUGUUCUCGCUCAACAAUACCUAGCUAAUAGGCGUUAAUGGAUAAUUAUUGACGAUCUUACCAACCCGGGUGUGUCCCGGUAUACACCCAUGUAAACUUAGCAAUUGAAUAAGAAUAGUUACUACGAGUUUCAAUACUUCUAACCAAUUAUUGCUA